GACAUUUAUUAUGGAGGAGAGUGAAGAUAUGAAGACUGAAGACACAUUCAGGAUCAAACAUGAAGAUACUGAGGAACAACCAAUGGACCAACACCAGCAGAUGACAUUGCACCCCAAAUCAUCACAGACUGUGGAAACUUAACACUGGACUUCAGUCAACUUGGGCUAUGAGCUUCUUCACCCUUCCCCCAGACUCUAGGACCUUGGUUUCCAAAUGAAAUACAAAACUUGCUCUCAUCUGAAAAGAGGACUUUGGACCACUGGGCAACAGUCCAUUUCUUCUUCUCCUUAACCCAGAUCUGAAGGUGCUGAAAGAGGAGAGUGAAAUACUGAUUGAAAUGGAAGAGAAAGAUCAAUGUGAGAAAUACCACAAUUUCGACACUGGAGAAAAAUCUUUUAGAUGCUCACAGACUAAAAGAACGUCUUCAAGAAGAACUCAAAAGACAAGAACUAGAAGCUAUUUCACCUGCCAACAGUGUGGAAAAAGUUUCACUGAGAAGGGAAGCCUUCAUGUCCACAUGAGAAUUCACACUGGAGAGACGUGUUUUACCUGCAAAGUGUGUGAGAAGAGUUUCUCACAAAAAGGAAAUCUUAAGACUCACAUGAAAAUUCACACUGGAGAAAAGCCUUUCACAUGCCCUCAAUGUGGAAAGAGUUUUAGACAUAAAGUUUCCCUUAAAAACCACAGGACAGUUCACACUGGAGAGACCCCUUUCACCUGCAAACUGUGUGGGAACAGCUUCUCACUAGAAGGAAAUCUUAAGACUCACAUGAAAAUUCACACCGGAGAGAAGCCUUUCAUAUGCCCUUAUUGUGGAAAAAGUUUCAGACAUAAAGUAACCUUUAAUGCCCACGUGAGAAGUCACACUGGAGAGAGUCCUUUCACCUGCAAACUGUGUGGAAAGAGAUUCUCACUAAAAGGAGGUCUUACAAGUCACAUGAGAAGUCACAAUGAAGAGAAGCCUUUCUCAUGCCUUCAGUGUGGAAAGAGCUUUAGAUAUAAACUAUCCCUUACAAACCACAGGAGAGUUCACACUGGAGAGACCCCUUUCACCUGCAAAAUAUGUAGGAAGAGCUUCUCACAAGAAGGAAAUCUUAAGACUCACAUGAAAACUCACACUGGAGAGAAGCCUUUCACAUGCCCUCAGUGUGGAAAGAGUUUCAGACAUAAAGUAACGCUUAAAAACCACAUAUGUAUUCACAAACUGGAAUCACCUUAAAGCAUACAUAACACAAUCUCAGGUUAAGUCUUGAGUACCUGUAGAGCAGUAGCAUAGCCUUCAUAUUUCAGAAGAGACUUUAGUUUUAUCAGAUUUACAGAGGACAGAUACAGCUUUACGCUUCUCUCCAAAAACAGACGAGUUGCUGGAGGCGAGCCAUGGGAGGAGCUUGUGAGUCCGCAAGCUGUGACACUGACAUAAAUAAAACAGAUACAACAACUUUAUUGACUAAAUUGUAUUUCAUUUGUUUAACAAAACAUUUGUCACUGAAAUGCCAAGAACAAACACACUUGCACAACAACGUUGCUGCCCCGGAGUAACAAACCACUGUUUUUUCACAGUGUGCAUCCACUAUU